AUGGCUUUUAACCACCAAGUCGAUCUUGUCGAUCGUCAGCGUAACUUGCUGAUUAACCCUCUACCACUCACUGAAGACCCUGCUCCGGAAGUAAGUGAGCUCGAACUGAUGACAAGGCAGAUCGAAAUUCUCUUCCCAGUCGAAAUGCAAGGCACCCUCCUUACCAUGAGCGAAUAUAUCUCAUACAUGGAUGUCUGCCUCGACGGCCAGCAGCAGAUCUACGACAUUUUGAGAUCUGCCGAAGCUAUUGACUGCUUCCUUCUACCCCUUCAAGGAACAGGCCAGACGAGGCUCGUGGAUCGUUUGGUCAUGCACCAGCAAGCCUUGAACGCGGCGGCAAUGAGGCUGCACCAGGACUUGACCAACUUUAUGCAGUCGCUUGAGCACAUGGGACAACCAGAUGGCUUGGAGGAUAGGGCUUGGAAGAUGUGA